AUGGUUACCACUGCGUCUGCUGCGCCUGUAGCACCUGUGGUUGAUACUUCAUAUGCAGAUAGCGGACACAAUGCGUCAAGCGAGCCUUUCCCGCCGUUCUUACGACUGCCACGCGAGCUCCGUGAUCAGAUAUACAAUCAUGCCCUUGGCAUUCCCGACAAGCGCAGCGAUCGCGCUCUUCGCAUCGAACGCCGAAACCUGAAGCACUUCAAACCAAGCGCCGCAGCACUUCUCCUCGUCCUGCACCAUGAGUGCUUCCUCCUGAACCAGCAGGUCGCCCGCGAAGCCCUCGAGGUGCUUUUCAAACACCAUGUUGUGUUCCUCAGCUGCGGCCCCUUCGUUUUGAAGUCUCUUCUCGAAGCUGUCGAACAGCAAGAUGGACCCGGCAGACAGUGGCUCAAAUGGCUAAAGUCCAUCGAGCUGGACUGGGUCACCUUCCCAGAUCUGCGCAUGUACCCGCCCGACCGCACGCAUGGAAAGGAUGAGUGGUGGUUCGAGCAAGAGGCAGAGGACGAUGGCAUGGAAAUCGACGUCGACUACAUUCGUGGCGCUGCUUACAACGGCCACUACGAUGAGCACGACCACACGGGCGGCUACUACGACGACAACUUCUACGACCCAUCCGAUGCCUCGCUUUACCCAGCAUACCACCACCAGCCUCCUGUUAUCAACCCCAAUGCACCUGCUAACGACAUCUUCGGCUUUGCCGACCACAACCCCUUCAUCGACGCUGAAGAAACAUACCACCCCUCAAGUUGGUCCAACACGAUCAAUGACCUGAGCACAAAACUCGAUCUCCUCGUCACUAUGGAAGUCACACCCUUGUUCAGCUACCUCUCAUCCCCAACUUUCCCGUCCCUGACCUCCAUAACACUACCGCUAUACUUCAUAAGCCGGGAGUCGUACUUGCACCGCCAGCACAGUCGGCCAGGCUACACGCUCCCGUUGAAAGUGCGGUACUGGGUGCACGUAGCUGCGCACGCGCUGUCAACACUACACUCGUCUACCAGCCUGCGCGAGGUGCGCAUCAAGUACAUGCCGUGGGACAUCUGGGCCAGCAUGGACAGCUACGACGAUCUGCACCGCAUCGUCGCGCGCGGCGUGUGGUUUGACGAUCCCGUCGUCGACGGCGAUGGAGGCGAGCGCGAGUACGAGGGCAAGGCGUUCCGCUGCAUGUGGGACCAGCUGGAAGACAACACGAUGCGCGAGGGCGAGCCGUCGGGUCUGCGGAGGUCGGAUCUGCAGACCAGGAUCACGUUCGUCAAGUGGGAUGGGGAGAUGGAUAGCUAUAGAGUCGGAGAUGAGCUGGAAGUUGUUUUCACAAGAACGAGAAGAAGUGUACAGGAAGAGUAA